CCGCCGCCGUCUCCGCGCAGUGGCUGGCGCGGCGCGGACGCGUACCUGCAGUGGUCCAACUCGUACUAUACGUGGCGCGUGGCGGUCACGUCGGUGCUGUCGCUGGGCUCGCUGCUGCUGCUCUUCUUCACCAGCAAGGAGGGCGUGGUGCUCAACAUUUGGAUCGGGCUGCAGGCGCUCAACGUGUCGCUGGGGCUGGCCGCCCUCCCGUGCGUGCCGCUCUACCGCGUGCGGGUGGCCGAGCCGCCCCACUCUACGGAGGACUCGAGGGCCACCGCGACCACGAGCGAGCAGCUGCUGGGUCCACGCGCCACGGUGUCGCUCACGUGGAUCGUCGUGCUCAUGCUGGGCGUCUACUGGGCGUUCGGGGAGCUCACGGAGGACGGCGUGUGGGCCAUUUGGAGCGACCCCACGUCGUACGUGACGCUGCUGGCCAUCCUUACCAUUGCUCUACACGCGCAGCAGUUCGACCGACUACGCGCGCACCAGCAACUGCAGCUUGGAGCGGGGCUGGAGGAAGACGAGCUGAUGGCUGUGGCCCCCACGGCGUUGGCUGGAGCCAAUGGAGUUGCUGCAGUCGAAUCACGUGGACUCGUACUUGACGCUGAACCAGGAACUGCAUCCGUGGGCAACGACGAAGGGUACGGUGCGUACAGUGGAGAGACAGUUGCGCGGCGCACUUCCCGGGUGGUGGAAACGCUUCCAGUACGACGGUGCUUCAACGCGCGCAGCUCGCUGGGAGACGUGAAC